AAGGAAGAAGCUCGAGAUAUGGAGGCUGCCGUUCUAUUGAAGCCGGUGCAUAGGCUCAAGUAUCAUUUUCUCCUCAGCUUCUGUCAUGUCCGGAGAAGAAGAAGAGAACGCUGCCAAACUCAAGAUUGGAGAUGAGUUUUUGAAGGCAAAGUGCUUAAUGAACUGUGAAGUGUCUUUGAUCCUUGAGCACAAGUAUGAACAGCUUCAGCAAGUCUCCGAGGAUCCUAUGAAUCAAGUUUCUCAAGUGAUUGAGAAGUCUUUGCAGUAUGUGAAGCGAUUUAGUAGGUACAAGAAUCCAUAUGCUGUUCGACAAGUUCGAGAAAUCUUGAGCAGGCAUCAGCUCACUGAGUUUGAGCUUUGCGUUCUUGGCAAUCUCUGUCUUGAAACUGCUAAAGAAGCAGUGGCAAUGGUUCCUUCUCUCAAAACAAAAGGAAGAGCUCAUAAUAAUGAAGCGACCGAGAAUAUACUUAAUGAUCUCUCCCUUGUCAAGAGAUUCGAGUAGUUGCGGAAAGUUCUCAAGAUCUAAGAUUAUAAACAUAUUUCAGGGGACUACAUUCUCUUUCUAUCUGUUGAUAUCUGAGAGUUAGUAUUUCAUGUCUAAAAUUAUAAAGUUUUCAUGCUCAGAAUCUCUGUAAUGACAUCUUUUUAAUAUGUUUUAUGUUAUAUCAUAUAAUCUCUACGUAUGCUCUACAUACUUAACUCUAUUCAGUGGAUCGUGCUUUGAAAUGAAAUCAAGUCCAUGGUCACAAUGAAUGAUUAUGAGUUCUACUGGUAAAUUUGUAUUUGACUGCAUUAGAAAACCUAGAUUUAUGUUCAAUUUUGGGCUGGAAUGUGUUGGGAAUGACUACUUCUCUUGUUGUUAAGAAUUGCUAUUAGUGUCAUUGCCUGAGAAAUUGUUAUAUUUGUAUAGGUUUCUAUGAAGACACAGCUGGUGUCACAGGAGGAGUUAAUCGAGAUGCAACAACAGAAGACAUCUCAGGAAACGGUACGAGAUAUCCUCGCUCACCACAGCAGAAGGAAUCCUUACAAGAUAAUGGAAAUGUGCAACAUGGUUGGUAUUGACGAUGCGAUUCUCUACUCUCUUCCAAGUCAGUUGACAAAAUCAGGCAUCCAAAAAGUGAAAAUUGCUGCUGCUUUACUGAAAGAAGCCGAUGCCUAUGUCCUAGAUGAGCCUUCUAGCUACCUGAGUAGGAAAGAGAGGCUACGUGUUGCUCAUGCGAUUGUCUCCGUCAUUGGACCCAACAAGUAUGUUGUUGUGGCUGACGAAGACGUCAAAAUGGUUGAACACAUUUCGAAAUCCAUUUUCAAAGUGGACGGGACCCCCAAUGUAAAUGGUCACGUGAAACCAUUUACUUACCAUCGGUUUUAGAUGCCUUUUUGUAUGCAAUUAUGAACCAUGAUGCUACAUAGUGAAAUUUUUGCCUGUUACAAAUAUUGCAUUUAGUACAACAGACGAAGUAACUCGUAAGUAAUGAGAAAAUGUAAAACAACAUUGAUUUAUCUUCUUUA